UUGACCUUCAAGUGCUCGCAACCCCCAUCAGUGGACGAUACCUCUGAAGUGUUGCCAUUUUGAACUUGUUGUGAUUAUCCUUGCUUUUGUGUAAUUGUUGCAUCAAAAGCAUUCUUGGUCUAUAUUAAAGUACUUUAGUUAAAGUUUUAAAUCUUGCUAAGGUUUGUCUUGUGGUACCCUUUUACUCGUUGACUGACACUAGUGGUCAUACUGUGAUCAUGAUCACAGUAAAACACGAUAUGCAUAUCGUGUUUUACACCUUAAUCUGACUAAAAUGGUUGGUAGUACUCACAAAUGUGGACAACCACACUGUUUGUCCCCUGUGGAGGAAGGAAUACAGUGUGAUGAAUGCAAAAGGUGGUUCCACAAGAUGUGCACCCGUUUAAGUCCCACUGCAUACAAAAGAUGUUCGAAGCCUAACUCACAUUGGCUUUGCAUGUUUUGCUGUGCAAAUAAGACAUUACUAAUACAGGAGGCUAUGAGCCUUUUGGCUUUGUCCUGCAAGAAAAAUGAUAGCGCAUGUGCUGAUAACACGAGCACUGACAGUGACGAAUGUGUCAGUGUAGUACCUGCUGUUGCGAGAUGCCUAAAACAACCGACUUUGAUUGACGUAAAAGUGAAAUCUCCUUUAACAUUAACGAGGGAAGAAGCACUACCUGGAACUGACAUCGGUAACCGUGCACCUUUAGUUGAAACUAAAAAUCUGAAUAAGACCGUCACUUUUACAAAUAGUCCCGGUGUCCUGAGGAAUGAUAAGUGGACUACAGUACGGAAAAAAACGAAGCGAAAAGAAAAAAAGCUGUGGGUAGUGCGCAGGUGGUUAGCAAGUCAUUGGUGGACUCCCAUUGCGUGUCACAAAACGCACUACCAAAAUCCGAUAGUAAGAGGGAAACCCACCCAGGCGUGACUGAAAAGAAGAAUCUAAUAUCAUCGAAUAAUAUUGUAAGCAAAUUGCUGGAGUCAACCACCCUGAUCCCAAAAUUAGACACGCGCAUAAUUAAGAGAAGCUGUGAGAAUAUAUUCGUAGUAUCUUACUAGAAAUCUCUAAAGGAGUUCAGGUCAAAAAGCUGGUUAGAACAGGAAAGAGGACCGAGGACAAUGCUGAAUCUCGACCAUGCAGACUCCUUAAGGUAAUCCUAGGAUCAGAAAAGCAACGGGAUCUCCUGUUAAGUAAUGCUCGUUGUCACGACAAUUCCGAUAUCCGAGUUAGACCUGAUAUGUCUCUCGAAGAUAGGAUAAAAAGAAAGAAAGCACUAGCUGAACUACAAAUCGUCAACAAAAUGGUGAGGAAAUUCUCCGGUUAGUGGGUUUACGGAUAGUCAG